AGAUUGUUAUGCGGCGCGGUGGUUGGAGGCAGUGCGUUUGUCUCUCUCGGGGCGACCGGGGCACACCUCCGUUGACCUAUUUUCUGGUUAUUGCAUCGAAGCUAACUAUUUAUGUCCGAGGGUGUAAGUAGGGCGCCGCCGGUUUGCAUCGCGGGUGCAAUAACUUAAUUUGCAAAAUUUCGUUUCAUAUUUGCAAGCGUUGGAAGUGUUACUUUAAUGUUAUAUCUUGUGUACAGUGGGAAAAUUUGAGUUUUGAGGCUAGUGACAUUCCUGCAAUACAGUGUAAAUCUCAAAGGAUGAGAUAAAAACAAACACUGGAGGAAUACAACCCAGUAAAUGUCAACCAAAAAUAUUAUAAUGGCCCAGAGCCAAAUGGUGCAGAAUUCAGGAUUAGAGUUGAGUGAGGAGACACCACUAUGAUGGACUCAGACCUCCCCCCCGGCAGCUGCAACUCCACUGGGCAUUUGUCCACCAUAGGAUACCAUACUUUACCUGGACGCAUGCACCACUCGGCGUCGACGCCGGCGGGCGUGGACGGCGCGGGCGGUGGCGCGCGCACGCCCCCCGCCACCCCCAAGAAGGGCGGCAAGAUGCUCGCCGUGCGCGUGCAGAUGCUCGACGAUACCAUCUCCAUGUUCCAGAUACAGUCGAAAGCCCUCGGUCGCGUGCUGUUUGACCAAGUAUGCAGGCAGCUACACUUGCUGGAGGCCGAUUACUUUGGCUUGGAGUACCAGGACAGCAACGGUACUAAGUACUGGCUGGACGUGGAGAAGGCGAUGUGCCUUCAAGUGGAGCUGUCAAUGUUGGAGCCGACGCUCAGAUUCUGCGUCAAGUUCUACACGCCCGACCCUGCCAGGUUGGAAGAGGAGUUCACUCGGUACCUGUUCUGCUUGCAAGUGAAGCGGGACUUAGCACAGGGCUGCAUACAGUGCAAUGAGAACACUGCUGCGCUCAUGGCCAGCUACAUCGUGCAAGCGGAGUGCGGUGACUUCGUGCCCGAGGACUACCCGGACCACACGUACCUGAGUGGCUACAAGUUCUUCCCCGGACAGGACUCCGAGAGCGAGCGUCGGAUCAUGGAAAACCAUAAGAAACACAUUGGCCAAAGUCCCGCGGAGGCAGAUUUAAAUUUAUUAGAAACUGCGAGAAGAUGUGAAUUAUAUGGUAUAAAAAUGCACCCGGCGAAGGACCACGAGGGCGUGCCGCUGAACCUGGCGGUGGCGCACAUGGGCAUCGUGGUGUUCCAGCACUUCACCAAGAUCAACACCUUCAGCUGGGCCAAGAUACGCAAGAUAUCCUUCAAGAGGAAAAAGUUCCUCAUCAAACUGCAUCCUGAAGGAUAUGGUUACUUUCGCGACGUAGUGGAAUUCUUCUUCGAAGGUCGCAACGAGUGCAAGAACUUCUGGAAGAAGUGUGUAGAGAACCACGGCUUCUUUCGGUGCUCGAGCGUGCCGCGGCUGCCGCGACACAAGACGCGGGUUAUAUCGCGAGGGUCGUCCUUCAGGUAUAGCGGCAAAACCCAGAAGCAAAUAGUGGAGUUCGUGCGAGACAACUAUGUGAAACGUCAGACAUUCCAAAGGUCGGGGUCGUUCCGCGCGUCGCGCUCUGCCGGCUCGUCGCGCGGCAACGUGGCAGCCGCCGCGCCCGCCUCCGCCGCCACCCCCGCCGCGCUCAACCAGAGCCUCUCCGCGCACCCGCUGCUGCCGUUGCCGCCCGGCUCCGACGCGAUUUCCCUGGAGUGGGACAAGCAGCCUCACUACCUGGAGGCUUCUCUGAUGAUGAAGGGCUACAGCUUGUCGGCGGCGCGCGCGGCGGCGGCGGCACGCACACGCCGCAGCUCGGAGGCCGCGACUCGCCCGCCGCUCGCAGCUACCGCCUAUGCCACCACGAGGGACAAGCUGACAAAACUGUACUGCAACCAAAUCGAGGCUCCCGAAGUAGUGACUCAUGCAGAGGUCAAUCAUUAUCCUACGGAGGAUUCGCCUCUGCCUCAUCGGACGACGACACCAUUGGCUUCUCCGGAGAGUACAUGGACGUGGAGCCAGGGCAGCCUGCCGGGCGGGUCUGCCCGCGCGCGCGCGCCCACUCCGCCGCCGCGAGCGCGGCCGGCGCCCGCAGACGAGACAUCACCAGAGGAGGAUAACACGGUAUCGUCAGCCAGUCUGUGCAUGUCUCCGAAUAUGACAGAGGAGAGGACAGCGCCGCUGUGUGCGUCAACCCCGCUAGCGCGGCCGAUGACGAACGGGCACGAUGACUUGGAUAAUAGAGUCAAUAGCUGUGAUACUGUGAAUGGUAAUGUUGUGAAUGUAGUAUCGGAGUCUACAAACAGUAUGGACGUGUUGAGUGGAGGCGAGAGCGAUGCAUGCGACACGUUAAAUAGACGAAACAAUAACAGCAUAUCAUCAACUUUGACAAAUACGCUACGAGAGAAUACGAUGGAGUCAAUAUCGAAGCGGCGCGGCACCGGCGACACCACAUACUUCGUGGCCAAAGAGCUCCUCAUGACUGAGCGCACUUACAAGAGGGACCUGGAACUGCUCACCGUUAAUUGGUCGUCGCGAGUAUCAAAUCUGGCGGCGGCAGGAUCGGACGUGGUGCCAGCAUUAGCGCGCGCCUGCCUCGCGUUAGAGCCACUGGCUCUGCCCGCUGGGGGGCUGUUGGCCAAACUAGAGAGGAGUCUCGCUGCGCAGAGUGACGCAGAUAACGAAGAGCCUGAAUACAAAAGAAUAGCAGAACUUCUGCGUGACUAUUUAGCAAAUACGUAUGAGGCUUAUUCGUUAUACACCGAGCGCUCGGGUCCACUAGUAGGCAUGGUGGAGAGUGUUCGACGGCGCACUCCAGAAGUUGAAAAAGAGAUUGCAGCGUUUGAUGCGAACUCUCCCCUCCCUCUUACUUGUCUACUACUGCGACCGCUACAUCGCUUGUUGCAUCUAGAGAGGCUAGCAGUAGAAUUGUCGGACGCCAGCAACAGCUCGGCGGCGGGCGCGGCGCUGGAGAUAGCGCGGGAUGCGGCGCGCCACGCCAGCGACCAGCUGCGCCACGCCGAGAACCACGCCGCGCUGUGCCAGCUGCAGCGGGACAUACUCGGUUACGACAAGCUUCUGGUCCCAGAUCGAGAGUUCAUCAGACUAGGCUGUGUUUACAAACAUUCGACGCGAGGGCUGCAGCAGAGGAUGGUGUUCUUGUUCAGCGACGUGGUGGUGCUAUCGUCCCGGGCGGGCGGCGCGCAGUUCCGCGCGCACGCCGCGCUGGCGCUGCACGCGCUGGAAGUCAAGCCCUCCGAGCUGCCGCACUCCUUCACACUUACUGGUGAAGACGUAAACAUCCUACUGAGCGCGAGCAACGACCAAGAAUUUGGAGGCUGGCUGCACGCAUUCGAGCUCGCUAUAGAGAAUGCAAAGGCUAACCCCGUUGAAGUCGACACUGAGCUCACGCCGUAUGAACAGGAUGCAGGCAUGUCGGCCAGCUGCCACAGCCUGGGCGGCGGCGGCGGCGGCGGCGCGCUGUCCCACGUGUGCUGGCACCGCGUCACCGCGCUCUCGCGGGACCACCUGCACCUCGCCAUGAGGACGCAGCUGUCAGGCUACCUACUCCGCAAGUUUAAGAACUCGCACGGCUGGCAGAAGCUGUGGGUGGUGUUCGCCGCCUUCACGCUCUUCUUCUACAAGAGUUGGCAGGACGAGAACCCGCUCGCCUCACUACCUCUACUCGGAUACAACGUUGGCCCGCCGGCGGAGAGCGACGCUAUACACAAAGACUACGUGUUCAAGCUGCAGUUCAAGAACCACGUGUACUUCUUCAGGGCAGACAGCGUUUAUACGUACCACAGAUGGACGGAGGUUCUUCAAACAGCAAUGGUGCAUCACAAUUGAUUGUACAUACAUCAUAGAUAUCUAGAUGAACAUGAUAUAAUAAUACUAUGAGAAUAUCUUACCCAGAAUAAGACACAUUUCGAGAUUGCAAUAAGUAUAUAUUUUAAGUGGAAACUAUUUAGACGAAAAUCAUAUUAAAGCAGUAGUAGCGCCAUUUUAUUUGAUAUAAUGAUACUACUUCUAUAUAGCGGCGAAACUUGAGCUAGGAAUAUCGAAUUUUCAGUUUAAAAGUAAACACGGCUGUAUUGUAACAAGCCACGACGUCAUUUUUGAAAUUGCAAUAACUGUUGCGUAACCUUCAAUCGUCGAAUCGAUAUCGCUAUUGUUGCUAUUGAAUAAUAAUAACUCAUAAUUGUCUCAAAAGAACACGACGACCAGACGUUCUCAGUUUUGAAUUUUGACAGUUUUCCGUACUAUUUGAGUAAACAAACACAUUGUUUUGGUUAUUUUUUACACUAUAACCCUUUGCGCAGCGUUUAACCGCAAAAAGAUCGGAAAGAAGAAACUUAGAAAAAAAUUUCAAUCAAAACUGCUUCUUUCCAAUUGGCUGCUUUUCUUUUUCGUAAUUCAUCCUUCAUCUUCAGACUCCAACUUGCUCCACAUUUUAUAUCAACUUAUCAUGAAUUUUAUCUGGAUCGACUCGCAAAGAAGAAGUAUGGAGAACUGUCAAAAUUUAGGAACACUCAACAGUGCUGCCGCCUACAUUUGAGCUUCUAGGUUUUAACCUCGAAUGUUUUUUCUCUUUUCUGAUCAAGAUAACACGUGUAGAUACAACAUCGGUGCCAUAAAACGAGAUGAGUGAAAUAAUAUCUAUUUUUCGAUGAAUUUACAAAUAAAUAUAUAUUUAUAUAUGAUCAUGAACGAAGCAAUAAUAAAUCUUGCCUAUCAAAUAAGAAUAUUGAUGUUAUAACAAUGUGUUUUUGUAAACUGAAUCUAUGUAAUGUAUAUAAUUAAAGUUUACUUGUAUAUUAAAAAAGAAACCCUAUUACGUGGGACUUAAACAUACCCCUUAGGGGAUACAUACGUGAUGCUAUGGUAUGUUCUUAUGUUAAAAAAAACUACUAAAUGAAGAUGUAUUUCACACUAGUAGUCACUCUCUUGAGUAUAAAUUUACGCGUCACGAAGUUUCAGUUUAUAAAACCACGCCUUUAAAAAAAAUGCAUCUAAAGGAGUGUCGUCGUAUUAGUGCUUACUUAACAAUAUGAACGAAAGAUGAUAAAUAAUUAACAUGGAUUAGUCGUCAUAGUACCCAGAAUACUAGUGGUUUUCACUAUAAGGUGACGAUGACCCCGAUUCCUGCAGACGCCUAAUUUUAUUUUAAGUUAUAACUCAUUUAUCCGCCGAAAAGGAACUAGACGGAUGAUUGACAACUGUUAAUUUUAAAAUGAAUGAAUAACCCGGGCGAAUAAAAUAGGCAUCUCGCUCAUAUGCAACCCAUUUGGCGUGUGCUGUCAACUUAAUUCUGUCGCGUUAUUGGGCAAUAUA